GCGGCGGCGGCGGCCGGGGGAGCAGCGGCGGGGGGCCCAGGAUGGGGGGCAGGAUGGGGGGAGCGGCGCCCCCCACCUCGGAGAAGCUCCCCGUCCACGUCGAGGACGCCCUCUCCUACCUGGACCAGGUGAAGAUCCGCUUUGGCAGUGACCCGGCCACUUACAAUGGAUUCCUGGAGAUCAUGAAGGAGUUCAAGAGCCAGAGCAUUGACACCCCCGGCGUCAUCCGGCGUGUCUCACAGCUGUUCCAUGAGCACCCCGACCUCAUCAUCGGUUUCAACGCCUUCCUCCCUUUGGGCUACCGGAUUGAGAUCCCCAAGAAUGGGAAGCUGAGCAUCCAGUCGCCUCUGGCCAGCCAGGUGUCCCUGGACCCCGUCCAAAGUCCCCUCUCUGGCUCCGGCCUCAUCCUGCACUACUGCCAGGAGAACGCCCACAACCACGGCGACUGCCCGGAGGACUUCUGCCACCAGCAACCCCAGCAGCAACAACAACAGCAGCAGCAGCAACAACAGCCCUGCAAGGACGACUGCCGGCUGCAGGUGCCUCUGGAGUCGGACUCGGUGGAGUUCAACAAUGCCAUCAGCUACGUCAACAAGAUCAAGACCCGCUUUCUGGACCACCCUGAGAUCUACCGGUCUUUCUUGGAGAUCCUUCACACGUACCAGAAAGAACAGCUGAGCACCAAAGGCCGCCCCUUCCGGGGCAUGUCGGAGGAGGAGGUCUUCACCGAGGUGGCGAACCUCUUCCGGGGCCAAGAGGACCUGCUCUCCGAGUUUGGGCAGUUCCUCCCCGAGGCAAAGCGGUCUCUGUUCACGGGCAACGGGCCCUGCGGCGCCAACAACAUCUCCAAACUUGAGCACGAGAAGCACAUGGAACACAGUAAGAAACGAUCCAGGCCCAUGUUGCUUCGACCCAUGCCCGGCCCAGCCAAGAAGAAGAUGAAGCUUCGGGGGACGAAGGACCUCUCGCUGGCCGCGGUGGGCAAGUACGGGAGCUUGCAGGAGUUCUCCUUCUUUGACAAGGUGCGGCGAGUCCUGAAGAGCCAGGAUGUCUACGAGAACUUCCUCCGCUGCAUCGCCCUCUUCAAUCAGGAGCUGGUUUCGGGCUCCGAGCUUCUCCAGCUGGUCACCCCCUUUCUGGGGAAAUUCCCGGAGCUGUUUGCCCAGUUCAAGUCCUUCCUGGGGGUGAAGGAGCUCUCCUUUGCCUCCCCAAUGGCGGACCGCUCGGGGGACGGUGUCUGCCGCGAGAUCGACUACGCCUCUUGCAAGCGCAUUGGCUCCAGCUACCGGGCGCUGCCCAAAACCUACCAGCAGCCCAAGUGCAGCGGGAGGACGGCCAUCUGCAAAGAGGUCCUGAACGACACCUGGGUCUCCUUCCCCUCCUGGUCCGAGGACUCUACCUUUGUCAGCUCAAAGAAGACCCCCUAUGAGGAACAGCUGCACCGGUGCGAGGACGAACGCUUUGAGCUGGACGUGGUCCUGGAGACGAACCUGGCCACGAUCCGGGUGCUGGAGAGCGUGCAGAAGAAGCUGAGCCGCAUGUCCCUGGAGGACCAGGAGAAGUUCCGCCUGGACGACUGCUUGGGGGGCACCUCUGAGGUCAUCCAGAGGCGAGCCAUCUACCGCAUCUACGGAGACAAGGCGCCCGAGAUCAUCGAGAGCCUCAAGAAGAAUCCGCUCUCGGCCGUCCCCAUCGUCCUCAAGAGGCUGAAAGCGAAGGAGGAGGAAUGGCGGGAGGCCCAGCAGGGCUUCAACAAGAUCUGGCGGGAGCAGUACGAGAAGGCCUACCUCAAGUCCCUCGACCACCAGGCCGUCAACUUCAAGCAGAACGACACCAAGGCCCUGCGCUCCAAGAGCCUCCUCAACGAGAUCGAGAGCGUCUAUGACGAGCACCAGGAGCAGCACUCUGAGGGACGGGGUGCCCUGAACGAGCCGCACCUCAUCUUCGUCUACGAGGACCAGCAGAUCCUGGAAGAUGCGGCUGCCCUGGUGGGCUACUAUGUCAAGCGUCAGCCCACCAUCCAAAAGGAGGACCAAGCCACCAUCUGGCAGAUCGUCCACCGCUUUCUCCCCGACCUCUUCUUCUCGCAGCCGCCCGGCCACGAGCCCGCGCCCCCCACCCCGGAAGAGGUGCCCGAGGGCGGCAAGAGCAGCCCCAAGCGGCCCCCUGCCCCUCCUCCCCCGCCACCGGACGCCCGCGACUUGCGCAAAAGGGCUCCCCCGGCCGAGGACAAGUCGCUGCCCCCCUCCUCCUCCUCUGCCCCGGAGGCGGCCCACGAGCUGCGGAAAAGGACGCCCCCCACAGACGAGAAGCCCCCCGCCCCGGAGGGCCACGAGCUCCGCAAGAGGAAUCCCCCUGCGCCCGCCAGGGAGAAGGGCGGCGGGGGCUCGGAGGGCCCGGCAGCGGCCGUAGCGGCCUCUCCCCCCACCCUAGCCACCACCCCUUCCUCGGCACGGCCGCGCCGCUCUCUGGACAACGUCUACGCUCUGUUUUUCGCCAACAACAACUGGUACUUUUUCCUGCGCCUGCACCAGACCCUCUGCUCCCGGCUGCUCAAGAUCUACCGGCAGGCGCAGAAGCAGCUGCUGGAGUUCCGGGCGGAGAAGGAGAGGGAGAAGCUGCUCUGCGACGGCCGCAAGGAGAGGGCCAACGACCCGGCCAUGGAGCUGCGCCUGAAGCAGCCCAGUGAAGUGGAGCUGGAGGAAUACUACCCGGCCUUCCUGGACCUUGUGCGAAAUCUGCUGGACGGCAACAUCGACCCCACCCAGUAUGAGGACACCCUGCGGGAGAUGUUCACUAUCCAUGCCUAUGUCGGCUUCACCAUGGACAAGCUGGUGCAGAACAUCGUCCGGCAGCUACACCACCUGGUGAGCGACGACGUCUGCCUGAAGGUGGUGGAGCUCUACCUGGGCGAGCGGAAGCGAGGGGCAGCUGGCGGCAACCUCUCGUCGCAGUGCGUCCGGGCAGCCAAGGAAACAAGCUACCAGUGGAAGGCGGAGCGGUGCAUGGCGGACGAGAACUGCUUCAAGGUGAUGUUCCUUCAGCGGAAGGACCAAGUGAUCAUGACCAUCGAGCUGCUGGAUACGGAGGAGACCCAGACAGAAGACCCCCUGGAAGUCCAGCACUUGGCCAACUACGUCGAGCAGUAUGUGGGGGUGGAGGGGACCCCCAGCAGCCAGAACGAAGGCUUCCUCCUGAAACCCGUCUUCCUGCAGAGGAACCUGAAGCAGUUCCGGCGCUGGCAGUGCGCCCAGGUCCAGGCGGCCCGGGACAAAGCCCGGGGGUCCUGGAAGCAGCUGGUUGGGGUGGAGAGCGCUUGCAACAUGGACUGCAAGUUCAAGCUCAACACACACCGAAUGCUCUUCGUCAUGAACGCAGAGGAUUACAUGUACCGGCGGGGGGCCCUUGGCCGCGCCAGGCAGGCACAGCCAAAGGUCUUGCUGCGCUACCACCGCCGCUUCGAGGCCUGGCACUUGGGCUGGUUGAGCCGGAACGCCGGGCGUGAGGCGUCCGAGCUGGUCCAGGACUGGCUGAUGGGCGACGAGGACGAGGACCUGCUGCCCUGCAAGACCACCUGCGAGACGGUCAGCGUCCACGGCGUCCCCGUCAACCGCUACCGUGUCCAGUACAGCCGCCAGCCGGCCUCGCCCUGAACCCCCUCCCUCCUCCCCUCCAGUGGGGGGCGGGGGGUGUCCUGCUGCCAGCCCCCCCCCUGGUAUUUAUCCGACCAGCAGGUUUUUUUGCGGGGGGCAAGUGUCGUUUUCUCCGUUUGGUUUGUGACUUUCGGGACGGGGGGGGCGCCUCGUUUUGGGCGUCCUCCCCGCAUGGUACAGGACGGACUGGAGGGGGGGGGUCUGCCCAGAGCUCUCCAGGCCUCGGAACUGCUUUGUUUUGGCCAGGGAUAGGGGGGCAAGGACGUGAGCGGCAAGGAGGGACCUGGCAGACUGUUUCGGGUGCCCUCCCCGCGUGGCACUGGGAGGGCAGGGGUUCGGCAAUGCCUCGGGCUGCUUUGAUUUGGCAGGGGGUGGGGGGGAGGCAAGGAGGGACCCGGAAGACAAAACUCAGAGCCCCCGCCACCCCAACCCCCACCCCACCCAUCACUGUGCGGUGAACACUUUCUAACGCGAGGCCUUGUGAGAAGUGUGGCCUUUUUGGUCCGGAAAACAAAGGUGUGCUCUUGUGUGUGUCUGGUCGGUUUGGGGGGGGGCAGGUGGCCGAGCUCACCUGGAAGGGGGGGGUCGUCUCCCACCGUGGGCACUUUGGACCAUUCUGGCUGCGGAUUUUGGGGAACGGGACGCCAUCAAGGGGCUUCUCCCCCCGCCACCUCCAACACGCUCCAGGGGUUUAUUUCUUGGGUCCCAAAGUGGGGGGAGGUUGUUGCGCUGUGUGGUUUCUUUGGGGGGGGGGGGCUUUGGUUUCUCUGUUUCCUUUGCGAUAUAAUCUGGGGGGUGGGGGGUGCCGCUGUCCUUUUAUUUCUCUCUCUCUGUGCCCCCCCCCCUCCAAAUUUGGCCACGGAAGACACACUUGUGUGUGUGUGUGUGGUGUUUUGAGAGCCUGCCCCUCCCCUCCUCUCCCUCCUAUCACUGCCAAGGAAUGGAAGACUCCCCUCCCCUGGAACUUGAUUGGUUCAAACCUUCUCCCACCCCCCACCCCCAAAAAUAUCAGACCCCCUCCACCCUCCUUGGACUCCAGGAAGGCUCCCCACCAAUCCCCAUAUCUCCCCCCAACCACCUCUGUUCCUGCUGUUCUCCCAAGCGGGGGGGGGGGGAACCAACUGUGCCAAAAUCUCUUUUAAUGAAACGAUGACUUAAAUGGUAGCUUUGUGGCUUAACGUGUCAUUUUUCUUUCCUUUUUUUUAAUCGGGGGCCCAUUGUGAGGUUUGGAGGGGGGGAGAGAGAAACCCUCCUCUACCCAGCCCCCUUCCUCCCCCCCCCCAACUCUGCCUACUGGCCAUAUUUCUUCAUCCCAUUGGUUUUUUUUAAAAAGAAAUAAGUAAACUCAAUUUAAUUUAUAAUCUGGGCGGGCAAAGCGAGGUGCUAGCCAAGCCCCUAUCUCUCCAAGGGGGGUGUCAGAAAGGCAACCGGGGUGGGGGUGGGGGUGGCUUCCGGAAGCCAGGGACGAUCUAUCCAUAGCAGAGAACGUGAGAGAGGACGCUUCCGCUUUUUUCUUAAAUUUCAAUUUUUAUUUUGUCUCCAAAGGAUCUCUCUUCCUUCUCUUCUUCCUCGCCCCCCCUUCCCACCGCACCCCCCCCCGGCUUCCUUCCGCCUUUGUAUUUGCUUUUGCCAACUAUUUGAAUGUAGUUUUUAAAAGAAAUUAUUUAUUUGCACAUCAAGUAAAAAUAAAAUAUUAAUUUUGAAAACGC